AGCACAGAAGACACACAAGCAAAACCUAACCCAGAAAACCUUUCAAGGAAAACAAUGGAUGGGUACAAGGAAACAGUUUGGAUGAGAUGAUGGUGUGGUAGGUGACCUACUGAAAAAUAUUUGUAUUUUCUUGCAUAUUUCACUUUUUUUUUGCACACCCUCAACCAUUCAGAAUCCAGCAAGACACUGUGUGCAAGAGAAAGUGAAUAACCUACAACAAAUGUCCUUGCGAGCGUAACUAUCUAAUGUAGCAUUUGGUGCAGUUACUCAAUUCAAUACAAACUAGAGGUAAUUUUGUGCCAUUACAUAUACUGUACAUUACACCUACACUUGCUAGUUACUUUAUAAUAUUCACUGAACACUUCAGUGCAAAUGGAAAUAUGUGUUUAUUAGUGGAAAUGAGAAUGAAAUUAUUUUGAUUUAUCUCAUGGUAAAUGUUCAUACACACAUUUACUUAGGAAACAUUUGAAAUAUGAACACGUUUUAGGCAAAAUAUGGCAAUACAACCAAACAACUAAUGUCGCCUGGAGCUGGUUCAAGUACAGAUGAAACCAAGGGCAAGUUUUAUCCGCAUUUUAUUAUUUAGGGAGAAAAAAAUCCAAACCUACAUGGCCCUGUGUGAAAAAGUGAUUGCAUUUUGCAAAUUAAACAAGAAAACAAAAAAAAAACCAACAGCAAAAGUUCAAAGAACAGCAAGAAGGCACAAUGUAAUGAGACCUUGAAAUGUAAACAGUAUAUAAGAUGUUAGCAUAUCAACAUAGAUUGUUUUUAGCCUGUUUAAAAAAACAAACAAUAAUAAAUGUCCCCCAAAUCCUUUGAUUUGAUUUGAUGCCCUCAUUGUGUUGAGUUUGGACACCUCUGCACCUUUUAUACUGCAGCACCUACUACAAAAACACUAGUCAAAGAUCCUUUAUGACAGUGGUUCUACCCACCAUCACCCCUUAAUGACAAGCAGAAGCCCAAAUUACGAAACAUUUUUCAUGUCAAAUUUCUCAAAUAUCUUGAAUACUUAAUGAAACAACACUGCGUUUGAAUUUUACAAAACAUACUAUAUAAUUUCUCUGUGGCAUUCAACAUAAACAAAAUACAUUUCAACAAAUGUGCUAGAUUGAUGCUUAUUUACAUUAAAUAUACAUAUACAUGCUAGCAAUUAGCAAAAUGGCGAUUUCAAACCUCCACCUGUUAUCGUGUUUGCUUUUAGUGAAGAGAAAAGGUACCAAGUCACAAACAAGCAGGGGAAGGUAACUCCAGUGAGGGUAUAGAGCCAACAAAGUUUUAAAAAUGAUGCUCAUAUUUACAACUAUGUCACUGCAUCCAAAUACUUUUUGCCGCUAGCAUAGCAAGCUACUGAGCUAACUAGUUAGCCUCUCCAAUUUACAUAUUCUAAACUUAAGAAAGUGUUUCAAACGAAGUGGGGAAGAAGGACAAAGUAACCAAAAACUUACCACUUCCACACGGAAUGGGAGGAGAUUUUUUUUCACUUUGUCAUGUCGGACAUGCCAUGGCUGACUGGAUGCGGUGUGAAGGCAAUGUAAUCUAACGCCAUGUCUCAUCAGUGUAACAUUACUGAUGUUUAGUGGCCAGACUACUACAUAUAACCUGUAUUUCAAUAUUUUUUUGCUAAUAAUAGUUCAUAGUCAACCACGAAACAGCGGUCAUUUCAUUCAUCAAAUUUUGUGUGAGGGAACGAUGUUGGAACCGCAAUGUAGUAAGGGAUGACAGGAUUUUAUGUAAAACAGCUGUAAACCCUAAACAUUAAAUACUAUAUUUUCGUGGCAGUUCUACAGUAGCUAAGGGCCACAUGGACAAUUGCCCAGGGCGGCAUUCUCUGGGAGGCACCCCAAGAAUGAGGGGUAAAAAAAAAAAAUUAAAAAAAAAUGCUGGAUAGGCGUGAUCUACAUGUAGGAUUCUAGCUACUAGCGCCCACAUACUGCUUACAUGAAGUGGAAAAACCAAACCGAGUCAUGAGCGGGGUCAGUUCAUCACUGGGCUCCAGCACUCCGGUUAAUUAAAAGGUGAAAAAAACAAAUGCUUAAAAAUAAAACAAAUUGUGUAAUAUGAAAUAUAUUGGAGGCUCAAACGUGUUAUUUUAGAAAAUGUUAAAUAACAAAGAUGAAGGAAUUGUGAGUCAGUAUGAGUUACUUUAGCUGUUGGCUGCUUGUUGAUUGGUUAUGAUGAUAUAGUGUCAACAAAACAUCAUGGAAAAGAGAAAGUCCAAGUCAUUGGGUGUACAAUUUAAAAAAAAAAAAAAGAGGAAUGAAGAAGAGGAGAAAGCAGCAUAAGAUAAGAAGUAUGGAGCUUUGCUUUAUGUAUGACGUAAGGCGGUGCAUCGAAAGAGGGACUCGCACAGGGCGCCAUUGAAGCUAGAACCACCACUGGAUGUAAGUGUACACUAGUGACGUAGUAGUCUUUUACUUCCAGUCCACUGUGGUAGUGAAUAAAGGCUAUAUAAAACCACUCUCACGUUCCUAAUACUUCUGCACCUGACACGUAACUAAUAUUUGUGUGUGUGCAAGCUAUGGACGUGCUUUGUCGCGGUGGACUCCAAGUGUCCCCCUUGAAAGACUUUGAUCGCAAACUGGAGAUCAGAACAGAGAAACAUGAGCAGCUACGAAGACGCACGAACGUGACGUCAUGUCGGAGCCCUGCGAGAGACGACGACACGGUACUGUUAAAACAUCGACUCAAGGAAAAGAGACAGACUGAGUUUCUGAGGAGGAGGUCUCUUUUGAGUCCGUUGGCGUCCAAGAGUAUAAGAGGUUCUUCAUCAGAGUGGUUCUCCUACUCAGGCUCGUCCUGGAGUCUACAAAGCAGCCCAAACACAGACGACUGGCAGAUGAUGAUGAUGUUGAUGGAGGAAGCAUCUUCCUCCAUGGAAGACAUCACAAUGGAGAACAUCACACAUGAAACAAUCAUUGAUGCCACAAAGAUGAGGAGCGAGGCAGGUGUUCAAACAGAGUCUGGCCUUGUGACCAUCAAAGAAUCCGAUGUUCUGCAGUUACAAGAUUACUUGCAGGAGGCCUUGUGGAGGGAGGAGACCAUCAAGAAGAAACUGGCAGCCCUGCAGGAGAGCAUAGCACAGCUUCUCAACACCUCCAACACAGUGUGGAAGAGUCGCUCCAACGAAGACGUGCUGAGAAACAAGAUUAAGGUCCUCGAGGCACAGCUGCAACCUUACGUGCAGAGGUUUCCAAAGGACGCAACGAGGAAACUGGUGCUCCAAAUGAAAAAGCAGAAAGUGAUGUUUGAGGAGAAGACCCAUAAGUUUGCCCAGGAGAAAAAUGAGGCACUCAGCAAGACGGGGGAAGCACUGAAUACUGCAAAGGUGGACGUCCUGAGGUUGCAGGACCUUUACAAGGAGCUCAUGCAUACGUGUGAAAAGCUCCGGCAGCAACAAGACUUCAGCACUGAUCAGCUGCGUCAGCAGCAAGUCCAAAUUGAGCUGUCCAGAUGCAGAGAGGCGGCACUGACAGAGGAGCUGGUGUCACUGAGACAAGAGAAGAACGAGCUGCAGUUCAACAUUGGCCUGCUGGAAGAGUACAACCAAUUUCUCAGAGACAAACAGCGGAGCUGUAGCGAUGGCAACAUCGAGGAAAAGGAUGGGGUGGUUCAGAAGACACCAGAGGAAGAAGCAAAGCCAAAGAGAGACGUAAUGGUUGAGAGGACACCGGAGGAAGAAGGAUCGAAGAGGGACUCUGACUUGUUGGAGGAGCAGCUUCUUUACACUCAGAAGGAACUCAGAUUAAAGGAGAAAGAGUGUGAGUCCUUGCAGACGGAGUUACAUACAAUGGAGCAAGAGUUUCAGUCCAGCCAAACUAGGUUGUCACAGUGCAGAGAAGAGCUACGGCAAGUCAGCCACCACCGUAACAGACCGGUGAGCGGUAUAUUGCGUGUGUCCUGGUGGAGUCUGUGUGUCAUCCUGGUCCUCUUCAUCCUCUUUCUUCUUCUGCUAGUUGUGGGUGGAGCUACUGUGCUGUGGCUGUGGCAUCUACCUUCCAGGGAGCAAAUGGAGGACCUCCACUCUGACAUUGGGAGACGAAUUGAAGAUUAUUUCAUGCAAAUGACCUCCCCCAAAAACCCAGGCUGUUUUAGGCCAUUUUGACCAAGUUACAUUUGGAGAGUAGUAGUCCUUUUGUCUGCAAAUGUGUUGCUUGUUGGGCUUGGCGUACCUUGUGUUUGGAUGUGUGUGAUAGAAUAGAUGAGGGGCGUGUACGAUACAGCCUCGGUUCCCAAAGUGCGGUACGAGUACCCCUAGGGGUACGCAGAUUGCCUUAGGGGGUACGUGAAUAAAAAUUAACUACAUUAGUGCCGAACACUGAGAUUUAUGUAAUGCCUCAUGUGAACAGCCACAGCCAGUUGUUGUGUGUGCAUCAGAUGAACAAAUAAGUACGUUUGAUGACGCCGUUGUGCAUUAAAAGUGUUUAAUCUUGAAGAUUUUUCAAGAUCAUUUCUAUUGAUUGCUAAAUGAGAUCUGUCUUCUUACGUGGUGCUGUGACUAAUCAGUGUGUUUUGUGAGCUGUCAUUUGUUUUUUGACUGGAUGCACUGUCUUUGUUAGAAAGCUCCCAGUUUUGCACAUGUAAGUACAUGUAUGCUUUCGCAAAUAAUGUUUCUACUACUUUGUUUGGCGGCCCUUGAACACACCAUGUGUGACGCAGACUGAGACUCACAGUAUGUGUAUGACUUUCUCCAACGCUGCACAGACAGACGUGUAUUUUCUAUUCUUUCUUUCACGUCGUCCUUGUUCACAAAUGAUAAUACUGUGUGUAAAUGUCACAGAAGUGAGCUUUAGUAAUGUCAGCUGUGUGCUACUGUGCAUUUGCUUGGUGCAUAAUCUCAUGCUAUAUGCUCAUAUGUCCAUUUGGCUCAGUUAUAAAGCUUGUAUUGAAUUCAUGACCUUAUUGAUUUCUGUACGUUAUGUGCCUUUGUUUUCAUAAUUAUUUUUAGUUAUGUUUACAUGUAACAUUAGCAUUGUACUGAUUAUUUACAAAGCACAGCUUGUCACCACGUGUUAUAAAUAAAUUCACUAAACAGAAGACAAACCUGCCAGGGAAUAUCUUACCCCUCUAAUACCCUCUCCCUUUUAAAUUAGUAGCCUAUGUGAGCAGUUGAAAACCAAGACACGGGAUUUUUUAAAUAUGUCAUCAUUUAUAAUAUAUUUAAUAAUAUAUCAAAGAUGUUUCAUUGUAUGGUUUAUGUUUUUUAAGUGAGUAGAGGGUACAUGACUUCCAGUCUGAUGUUUAAAGGGGUACGGGACUGUGAAAA